CUCUGGUCCGCAGGCCGAUGCUCCAACCGCUGACCAAACCGGCCAGAGCUCUAGCACCUUGUAAAUCAACUCCUAGUAAAAAGUCAAAACGUAAACUUGCAGUUUUUCAGGCACUAAUAUUCUGAGGGAUCCUGUGUGUUUAGGAAGAUGUGAGCACAUCUUUUGUAGGAAAACUCUUCUAAUUAUGAGACUGGAACUCCUGGACGGAUAAUCCAAGUAACUGUGUAAGUGACUGCAUUGGGACCGAGUGCCCAGUGUGUAAUACCCCAGCCUGGAUACAAGACGUGAAGAUAAACCGACAGUUGGACAACAUGAUCCAGCUUUGUAGUAAGCUCCGAAAUUUGCUGCAUGAGAAUGAGCUUUCAGAUUUAAAAGAAGAUACAGCCAGGAAAAAUUUAUUUAAUGAUGCAGAAAAUAAGAAGAAUUCAAUAAAAAUGUGGUUUAGUCCUCGAAGUAAGAAGGUCAGAUACGUGGUAAGCAAGGUUUCAGUGCAGACUCAGCCUCGGGUGAGAUCCGGGGAAGGCCCCCAGCGGGCCUCGGCCUACGAGUACGCGUCCUCCAGCCCGCCCGGCGCUGUUUCCGCGAGGGCCGCCGCGGCUCCCACCAGGUCCGCAAAGAGGCGGAAAAAGAGAACUUUAGCUAAAAUCAACCAAGAAUGGAAUUUAGAGGCAGACAAAAAAGAUGGGGAACUUGACCCCAAAGAAGAGUUUAAGGAAAAGCUGGUCUCCUUCUGUCUCCAGCCACGUGGCCUUGCUCGUCCUCGGAGGAACGGCGAAGUGGACUUGCUGGCCAGCGGCUCUGCUGCAGAAGAUGAGUGUUCGGGGACCUCAGCCCAGGUCUCUCUGCCCUUGGCUGAGCACAUCGAGUCCCCAGAGACUGAGAGCAGGGAGGAGGCAGUGACUCCCGAGAAGCCUCUCUCUGAAAAUGACCUUCCGUCCGAGAAGCCCGCGCCCCUGGGUGACAGUGGGGAGCGCGGGCGACCGGCCCGCCCCGCCUCGAAGCGCCGGAGGAGCAGCGCUCCCAGCACCCGUGGGGACGCUCCCAGCACCCGUGGGGACGCUCCCAGCACCCCUGGGGACGAUGCUGAGCAAGCAGAGGCCUCAGAAAACCUCCCGCUGCCUGGCCCUCCUUUGCCGCCCGCAAGCAAACGCAAACGCCGAGCUGGUGACACAUUCAGGAGGAAGGAGAGGACGAUACUGGACGAGUCCCUUAGCUCGUCACCCGGUACCCCGCCUGCACGGCGCAGCUCCGCCUGCGGCCGGCUGCUGCCCAGCCCCUCGGCGAUGCCGCUGCCCGGCAACCCCGAGAAAAGAAAUCGGAAGGGCGAGACGCUGCUCCAUGUUGCUUCAAUUAAGGGCGACAUACCUUCUGUUGCAUACCUCUUAGAAAAUGGAAGCGACCCAAAUGUUAAGGAUCAUGCUGGAUGGACACCAUUGCACGAGGCCUGCAGUCACGGACACCUGGAGGUCGUGGAGCUGUUACUCCAGCACAAGGCGCUGGUGAACACCCCCGGGUAUCAGAACGACUCGCCACUCCACGACGCGGCCAGGAACGGGCACGUGGAUGUCGUGAGGCUGUUACUGUCCUACGGAGCUUCCAGGAGCGCUGUGAACAUAUUUGGUCUGCGACCUGCGGACUGUACAGACUGCGAGACGACGAAAUCGCUGCUGCUGCCGCCAGAGAAGAGCGAGUCAGCAACCAGCCACUGCUCAGUGGCACGCGCUGGUCAGCGCAGGGAUGGGCCUCUCGCGCUGAUAGGCAGUGGGCUUUCUUCAGAGCAACAGAAGAUGCUCAGUGAGCUCGCAGCAGUCCUCAAGGCUAGGAAAUGUGCUGACUUUGACAGUACAGUAACUCAUGUCAUUAUUCCUGGCGAUACAGUUCAGAGUACGCUGAAAUGUAUGCUUGGGAUUCUCAGUGGGUGCUGGAUCCUAAAAUUUGAGUGGGUGCGAGCCUGUCUGCAGAGCGGACGCCGUGAGCAGGAGGACGAGUACGAGAUUCCCGAGGGGCCGCGGAGCAGCAGGCUCAACAGGGAGCAGCUGUUGCCAAAGCUGUUUGAUGGAUGCUACUUCUAUUUUGGGGGAAUCUUCAAACACCAUCCAAGGGACAACCUUAUUAAGCUCGUCACCGCAGCGGGAGGUCAGAUCCUCAGGAGAAAGCCCAAGCCCGACAGCGACGUGACCCAGACCAUCAACACAGUCGCCUACCAUGCCCGACCCGACUCGGAUCAGCGCUUCUGCACACAGUACAUCAUCUACGAGGACUUGUCCAGCCACCGCCCAGAGAGGGUUCGGCAGGGCAAAGUCUGGGUGGCUCCUUCCAGCUGGUUUAUAGAUUGUGUCAUGUCCUUCAAACUGCUCCCUCUCGACAGCUGAAGACUGUUGCUUUGUAGGCAGAAGUUGGGGAUUAAUUGACUUAGAACAGAUUUUAUCCAGAUGAUACAAAAGGCCGUAACAAUAAGUCUAAAGGUAGGAGUGGGAAGAGCUUACUCAUAACAAGACCAUCAAGGUUGUGGGUAGUGGACAGGAUACCACCUGCGAAGGGGGAGACCUGGGGAGGUGACCCAGGUCUGAGUGUUCUCCUUUGUGAAUCCUCAAGGUAGAUUCGAUCACUUAAAAACAUGUUUUAAAAGUCUCCCUAGAAACUGAAUGUUCUUAAUAACACUGAGGACAUGGGAAGGAAGACACUGAGACCUGUCAUUUUGGUCGCUGUGGGCCAAAGAGCAGUUUGAUGACCACUGGAUUAGAAUGCUGAGUCUGGAGUUAAUGGAUGUUUUAUGAUUGAUUUAUUUGAAAGUUGGAGAUUCUGCUGAUUAUUCAAAAUAAAUUCUGCUUUAAUUUCUUCUUAGGCAUUUUAUAUCUCCAUAUCAGGAAAUAAUACUAUGUGAAUACAGUAAUGUACUGCAGACUGACCUUCAGGGGUGACUCAGCUCCGAAACUCUCCAACCAGUACUGUGUUUGUCCCGAGUUCCCUUCUAAUGGAGAGUGAUGAACACCAGAGCACCAAGCAAAGCUGAGGGGUUAGAUAAUGUCUGGAUGGGAGCAUUUAAGAUGCUUUGGGAUUUGAAUUGUCAUUUUUGACUUAUAACUGACUUUUCAUCAUUUUCUAUUAGCUCACUGGUCACAUUCCUAGACAGGUGUGUGUCUGUUCCUCUGAUCUGAAUCCCUGUGUGUUAAAACACCUGUGGGGAUGCUGCUUGCUUUCCUUUGUCCUUUUCUUGGUCUGUCUGCUUCCCUCUUUGUCAUAUUUUGUCUCCCACUAUUAAGCAGUUUUAUUUUUGCUCUCCUUAAA